AUGAUCCCAAUGCACGUGUUUGAAAUGGUAUGGGAGAGCUACCAGGAAAGAGACUCAGUUUUGCAGCCUGUGUGGGACUACCUGCGGCUCAUCCACUAUGACACUCUUCGAUCACCUCUCUUUCCUGUGAUUCUAACCGUGGCAUCAUACUUCGUUCUUUGCCUACCCUACCUAGUCUGCGACAUAUACCGGUAUAAAAUCCAGCCUGGCAAGAUGCCCACAACUGCAAUGCUCCUACACUGCAUUGGAGUUACCCUCUAUAAUCAUUUCCUUCUAGUGAUCCCAGCUGCAGUAGCUCAGUGGAUGUGGAGACCUCCCAUUGCCCUGCCUGAACAAGCACCUACAUUACUUGAACUUCUAAGUGGAGUGGCUGGAAACCUGCUCCUCUUCGACUUUCAGUACUUCAUUUGGCACUUUUUGCAUCACAGGAACCGCUGGCUGUAUGUCACAUUUCAUGCCAUUCACCACAAUUACUCUGCCCCCUUUGCUCUGGCCACACAGUGCCUUGGGGGAUGGGAGUUGGUCACAGUGGGUUUCUGGACCACACUCAACCCAGUUUUACUGAGGUGUCAUCUGCUCACCACCUGGAUGUUCAUGGUGGUCCAUGUGUAUGACCAUUGUGGAUGAUUUCCCUGGUCCACAUCCCGUCUGAUCCCAUUUGGUGUUUACGGAGGUCCGAGCAAGCAUGAUGUCCACCACCAAAAACCAAAUAACAACUUUGCACCCCAUUUUAGUCACUGGGAUAAACUGUUUGGGACUCAUGCUGAUUUUAGUUUUGUUAAAACAGAGUCUUGA